AUGACAUUAGCAAUUUUUGACCAAUUUAGUUCCCCAACCAUAUUUGGGCUUCCAUUAGCCUGAUUAGCCAUAUUAAUCCCUAGUAUUUUACUAAUCUCGCAAGUACCAAAUUUCAUUAAAUCUCGUUAUCACACGCUACUUCUACCUCUAUUGAUAACUAUUACUAAACAAUUAUUUGCUCCAAUCAACGCGCAAGGCCAUAAAUGAGCCCUAAUCUGCAUAGCCUCUAUAAUAUUUAUUUUAACAAUUAAUCUUCUAGGAUUAUUACCAUACACCUAUACACCUACUACCCAACUAUCCAUAAAUAUAGGAUUAGCAGUACCUAUAUGACUAGCUACUGUUCUUAUUGGCCUACAAAAAAAACCAACAGAAGCUCUAGCCCAUUUAUUACCAGAAGGCACCCCAAUUGCACUCAUUCCAAUACUUGUUAUUAUCGAAACUAUUAGUCUUUUCAUUCGACCCAUCGCACUAGGAGUCCGACUAACUGCUAAUUUAACAGCUGGACAUCUACUCAUCCAGUUAAUCUCUAUUACUACAUUUGCAGUAAUACCUAUUAUUUCACUUACAUUAGCUACCUCCCUACUUCUUUUCCUCUUAACUAUUCUAGAAUUAGCUGUUGCCAUAAUCCAAGCGUAUGUCUUUAUUCUGCUUUUAACCCUCUACCUUCAAGAAAACGUCUAUGUCCCACCAAGCCCACGCAUACCACAUGGUAGA